AUGGUCGCUCCGAGCUACAGUUCCGCAGCCCGAGCCGGAGGCAAGCCUGCCACCGAGACAACCCCCAAUUUCGAAGACCCGAACUUCGACCCUGCCGAAUUCCUCAACGAAACACUGUCACCACUAGCGGUCACAUCUCCACAGGGCAGCGCAGUCAGACCACAAGGCUCCGUGCCACUGACGGAGCUGUCCGUGCAAUUACAAGCACUGCUGUCGCAGAUCAGCGCCCAAAAUGUGCGCCUGUCGAGUACCCUCUCGCAGCUGAGCGAUGAGAUUCUUCGCGGGGGAGGGCGGCUCGCCUACGAGGUGGAACUCCUGCGAGGAGAGACGAUAGGACUAUCGGAGACUCUAUCAGAAACGCUGGACCAGGACAUUGCCAAAUUUGUACCCGAGUCCACAGCAGAUACCCAGUCCCGCGUGACUGGCACCGUCCACCAGGAAACCCCGAAAGAACCGACCGAAGAGGCACCGAGCGCCGUAGAAGGAGACGAGGGCGAAGGUGCCGCAGAGCGUGCAGUCCUGCCUACCAUCCACGAACCCGAGUACAUUGCCAACCUUCGCACCCUGAACUCCGUACGCGCGCGCCUCGAAGAUGUCGUCCAGACAUUUGGAGAUGCGAUGGAGUGGCCCCUUCCCCCCUCUGAGAUCUCUUUCUCCUCCUCCUUCAUCUCCGUGUCAGGGCCAGAGCUUGGUGCAGAAGGCAGCGACCAGGAGGAGAAAGGACAAGAAGUGAUGAGGAAGAUCCGGGCGGAGAUUACGGGGUUGCUGGACCGCGACGAAGGCGGACGCGAGGGUCUGGAGGCGGCCAGUCGGCGACUUGAGGCCUUACGCCAGCUGGCCGUCGUCUGGAAGGGCUCUGCAGAGGAAAAGGCGCGACAGCGCUUUGUGGAUGCCCUUGGUCGAAUCGUGGAUGAGCGAAGGCGCAACUUGGACCAUAAGCAAGCCAUGGCCGAGCAGAGCCAGCGUGCGCCUCGAUCACGCAUGGAGCCACCGCGAGACAAUGACAGUGGAGCGACUGGCGGUGGCCUGUUCCGUAACCUACAGCGCCUCCGAGAAGAGAUCUAUCUGGAUUAG